AUGACUGAAAGGUAUAUGAAAAAUCGUGAGCCUGUAUUAGAGACUCUAGCAGAUUUGCCAAAAGCUGAGACACCUGCUGCUAUUAAAGUAGACCCUCCCAUGAGAAGAGUCGCAAGACCUUUAAGACAUGUUAGACAUAUUCCAUUGAAAUCCUUAGUUUUCCAAUCAAAUACUGGCCCUAUUGAUUUCUCAUACGAGGCAAAGAUCAAGACACCAAUUCCAAAAGAUAAACUGGUUGUUCAAAUCUCUCAUGUGGGUUUAAAUCCUGUUGAUUUGAAAAUCAAAAACGGUUAUACUACUUCGAUCUAUGGUGAAAUUGGUCUUGGAAGAGAAUUCGCAGGUACAAUCAUCAUGGUUGGUGAGAAUUUGAUUAACAAAUGGAGAGAAGGUGAUGAAGUCUAUGGUAUUUUUUACCAUCCACAUUUAGGCUAUGGUUGUCUACAAAGUUCGUUGUUACUUGAUCCUGCAUUAGAUCCUAUCUGUUUGAGGCCAGAGAAUUUAUCCCCAGAAGAAGCCGCAGGGUCAUUGUUUUGUUUAGGGACUGCUUUCAAUAUGUUGGAUAAGCUAUUUAAAGAUAAAAAAUUGAAUGAAAGUUCCAAUAUUCUAAUUAAUGGUGGCACAAGUUCAGUUGGUAUGUUUGCAUUACAACUGUUGAAAGUGAAAUAUAACGUAUUAAAGAAAAUAGUCAUUGUUACGACUACCACUGGUUCAGAAGUAUUGAAAGAAUUAUUCCCAGAUUUUAAGGAUGACUUCUUAUUUAUAAAUUAUUUAACUUGUAGAGGUAAAGCAUCAAAACCUUUGAAAAGAAUGAUAAAAGAAUGCAAGUUGAUUGAUUAUGAUGCAGGCGGAGAGGAAGAACAAUAUAUCACUUAUGAGCAAGGGAAAUUCAAUCUAGUUUUGGAUUUUGUUGGUGGUUACGAUAUCUUAGCCCAUUCAAGUGAUUUGAUUCAUGCAGGUGGUAUGUAUUGUACUACUGUUGGUGAUUAUGUGGAAAAUUAUAAAACCGAUGUUUUUGAACAAUGGGAAAACCCAAGUGCAGGGAUGAGAAAGAUGUUUGGGACAAUGCUGUAUCAAUAUAGUUAUUUACAUUAUUUCUUCGAUCCAAAUGCUAAAUAUAUCUCUAAAAACAACUGGUUAAGUGAAUGUAACGAACUUUUACAAAACGGUGCAGUCCAAUGUAUUAUCGAUAAUGUUUAUGACUGGAAAAAUCAUAAAGAAGCCUUCACAUACUUGAGAUCUCAAAAAGCUCAAGGGAAACUGAUCUUAAAAGUUGAAAAGUUUUAG